GCAAUUAACGAAAGUUUUGAUAUCACCCAAGACGUGCUCGUUACGGUAAGCUUUAUUUGGUGAAAAAAGACAGACCAAGGCCGAUUUUUAGCAUAACGUUAUAUUCAUCGAUGGGAUCCAAUAGGAUAAGUAUGUGAACUGGUGGACAGUUAUGAUUGAAAAGUAUAUCCAACAAUCGUCGCUGGAUGAAUCGCCUUUGGUACGAACCAUCACAGGAGACUGCAUGGCUAAUAUGUGCAAGGAUAUUUUCGAACUAAUUGACGGUCGUCAUCAAAUGCUGGCAUUGACGCUCAUGCUACCUCUUCCUAUGGAUGAUGAUGCCAAUGUCAAAGCAGCUGGAUGUCGCGCAUUGGGCGUGUUCAUUUUAUUCCCUUCCGUGCGGCAGAAUCCUUACUUUGUAUCUGACAUUAUCACCGCUGUACUUGAGCAAAUGAUGGAUAAAUCGUUGCUUGUUCGCGUGCGAGCCAGCUGGGCCCAAGGCAACUUGUGCGAUGCCAUGGUAUUGCAAAGAACAAGCGAGGAAUUCUGUUUUCCGGAAUGGAUUUCUGUGGGUGUCUGGAGAAGCAUAAUGACGACUGCCACCAAUGCUUCGAUGGAUAACGACAAACUACGUUCAAAUGCUGUGCGAGCUAUGGGUAGUUUGCUGCAAAUUACGCCAAAGGAGUAUUUUGCCGACGGUCGCAAUAUGCAACUUAUCAAGAGCGCGAUGGGUGAACUGAUAAAGAACAUGGAAACCGGUGCGCUCAAGACCCGAUGGAAUGCUUGUCACGCGGCAAGCAAUCUUUUGAAAAAUGAAGACUAUCCUAUUGGGUAUAUGAGCGACGGCGGCAUGUACCAGUGGACCGAAGGCUUUUACCAUGCAUUGGUGCAUUCGCUGAAUUCUUGUAAAAAUUUCAAAGUCCGUAUCAACUCCUGUCUUGCCUUGGCCACACCUACAAAACGAGAGUUUUAUGGCGAUCAGAGACUAUUCAAUAAGACAGUGGAAGGUGUCCUUAAGGCUUGGGAUGCAUGUCAAGACGGCGCAGAGACAGAGUUCCAAGAAUAUCGUUACCGAGAACAAUUGAAACAUCAGUUGAUGAUCACUCUGCGUCAUCUGAAAGACUGGAUGUCGAAAGAGGACUUGGACAGGACUCACAAGAUAUUGAACGAAUCAACUACAAUAGAAUAAAAUCGGCUUACGGUCACCGCUCGUUUCUGAAAUACUCGGUUUUUGGAAUAUAUUCGAAUUAAAGAUUCACUUCUCUGAAUUUUUGAUAAUUGUAGGCUAUAAAGUAUUCCUCGCAAUGAUCACUCUGGAGCAGUAAUUGGCAGAUCAUUUCAAAAAGACAGAUGGCGUCGGUUGCAUGACAACAGAAAAAAUCCAUGGUUUCCGGUAUCCAAUCUUCGCUUUAGGAACAAUGGUUUUACAUUCAUUCAAGUUGCCAUGUUAAUUCAUUUCAAAGUA